GGAUGAAAUAAUUAAUCGAUUACGCGAAAAUAUCACCUCAUUCUCCUCCGUGAUGAUACCAGAGAGAAAAUUUUUUCUCUCUGAUGAUACUGCUUUCCCAUGCGUCGCCACUACAGUUGUUGAGUUGUGCUUCGCAUGUUCAAAUUAUUCGCACUAUUCCUCAACGCACGGCGCUGUGGUCGAAAUUCCUCAAAUCUCACAACACUGUAUACUAUAGGGAUCCUUUAAUCAUGGACCAUACCUUUAAUAUUCUCUGGAGCACUCUCAUUUCCUCUCUGAUAUAGAUGUAUGUUUGAAAUACAUUAAUAUAUUUUUUAAAUAGGCAUAAAUGAAACAUCAAACAUGCAAUUAGAUUAUGUCGGAGAAAAACGAACUACCGUGAAAUGCCGGACAAGCAAUAACAAUUUGUAUACUGAAUUAUAGAGAAGUGGAAAUAAUUAAUUAAUUGAACAUGGAAGAUUCUACAGAAGCACAAAAGUGGCAGCAGCAUUUAUCUCUGUUGCGAGAACAGUAUGUCAAUUUGUACAAUACAAAUACAGAACUUCAACGUGAAUAUGCCAUUGCUACUGCACAUAAACAAGAUAAUGGAUUUAUUAAUAGAAUUUUGGCAACAAUAGCAUCCCUAUAUGAUCAACAACGUUAUAGUGAUAUAACUAUCAAAUUGAAGGAUCAGGAAAUGCCAGCACAUAAAUUUGUAUUGGCUGCUAGAACAGACUUCUUCAGUGACUCUAUGCUUCGCGAAGUAGAUAUUUUAGAUUGGACUCAUUUGGAUCCUAAUAUUGGAUUAAUAUUGUUAAAAUGGAUAUACACAGGGAAGGUGCCUCAAGAGAAUUUAACAUUGGAUUUAAUGAAAGUAGCAGCUAGUUUUCAACUGUUAGAAUUAGUCGAACAAUGCGAGAAAUAUUUAAUUGGUAUCGUGGGACUGAAAGAUUGCGUACAGUUGUACGCAGCUGCUGAAGAAUUGGGUGCUCAAAAAUUAAAAGAGCACUGCAGUUCUUUAAUCUCUGCGCACUGGGAAGAUUUAACAGGGGAGGACUUCAAAGGAAUGCCCGGUUCUUUAUUAUAUAAAUUAUUACAUGCUAAAAGCAAAUAUCCACUGCAUGCUGCUGUCAGACUGAUGAGGGAAGAUGUAGUCUUUUUAUAUUUAGUGGAAAAUGACGCGGGGUUAACAAAAGCUGUUAAUGCCGUCGAUAACAAAGGUGAAACACCCUUGGAAGUUGCUUUAAAGACUCGUCAACCAUCGUUAGCACGAACUUUAGUCGAACAUGGAGCAGACUUAUGCGUCAAGGAUUCGAGAGGUCUUUCUUUGCUUCAAGCUGCUGUUUAUAAAGGAGAUUCGUAUUCGGCUGAAUUUAUAAUAGAACAGUUGGAAAAUAAUGGACGCCUGGAACAAUUAUGCGAGAUCGUAAAACUUGUAGAGAACGCGCGAGACGCGAAGGAUCUUGAGGAACUCGAGGGAUGUACUAUUUUGCAUCUGAUAACGAAACAUACUUCGAAUAAUAUGUUAGCAGUUGCAUCCAGGCUACUCGGAGCCGGCAUCGAUCCUAAUUUACAAAACCGCAUUGGAUGGACUGCUUUACAUAAUUGUAUUCGGGAGAGGAACGAAUCACUUUUCGAUAUUUUGUUAGAAUGUCAGGCUAUAAAUUUAAAUAAGACUACCAACGAAGGCGACACUCCGUUGUCUAUUGCUAUGAAAAUGGUUCCGUUGGAUGAAUAUGUUGCUAAGAAACUUUUAGCCAAACACGCGGCUCCGAACCCUGUGUACGACGGUACAGGGGACAGUCUGCUGCACGUUUUGAUACGAGAACGUAAAGAGGAAGGAGCAUUGUUUUUGAUCGAGCACUGCAAAGAUGACUUAGCGCAUAAGAACAAAGAAGGAUACUCAGCUUUACACGAAGCUUGUAAAGUUGGUUUGAGAAACGUAACGAGAGCUUUAUUGGCAGCUGGUCUUCCGGUCGACGAAGUAACAUUUUCUAACGGCGAUGCACCGAUACAUAUUGCUAUUUCGAAUUUAUAUUUUGAUAUUGUACAAGAAUUAUUAGAUGCACCUAACUCGGAUAUUCAACUAAGCAUAAAGAACGACUCGAACGAAACUCCUUUGAGCCUGGCUAUCAAAGCUCCGUUCAAGAAAGGCAAGGACAUCGUUUUGGCUUUAAUAAAAGCUGGAGCGAAUAUCAAUCAGUGCAAUAAAGAUGGACUGACGUUGUUGCAUCAAGCUAUAUUGAAGGAGGAUUCGGCUACGGCGAUCUUCUUAUUGGAGAACGGUGCGGACAUGAACGCUAGAACUGCAAACGGAGAGACUCCGUUGCAGCUUUCCGUGCACUGCAGGCUGGGCGAAGUCGUCGAAGCUCUUUGUAAAAGAGGUGUAGACACUUCUAUUGGAUGCGCGUUAUGGGAUGCUCUGGAUUCCGACCAAGAAGACGUGGCGUCGAUCUUAGUCAAGUACGGCGCGGAUACCGAUUGCUGGGGUCCUGGCCCAGACGAUUGUCAGCAAACAUUGUUACACAGGGCGAUCAAUUACAACAAAGAGGAUAUCGCUCAGUUCCUCAUAAGGAGCGGCUGUGAUUUAAACACGCCGAGAAAACCUGGACCCAAUGGAUCUGGAGGGGAGGAAGCAAGAGACGAAUGCACUCCUUUACAUCUGUGCUGCCAAUGGGGCUUGGAACAAGUUGUACAGACACUUAUCGAGCAUGGCGCGAACGUGAACGCCCGGGACUUCGAAGGCAAGACGCCUAUUCACGUGGCCAUACAAAAUCAGCAUUCGCCAAUUAUUUCGCUGUUGCUAUGCCAUCCUAACAUAGACUUAACUAAACGUGACAAGAAGGGGUUGACACCGUUCGCAACGGCUUUAACGUAUCGAAACAAUAAAGCUGCACAGGCGAUACUCGAACGAUUACCCAAAGCCGCUGAACAGUAUGACAAUAAGGGAAGAAACUUUUUACACACGGCUAUUCAAAAGAACGACAUGGAAAGCAUAUUGUUCCUAUUGUCUAUACAGGUAGAUGUAAAUUCCAGAGUACAUGACAUUACGCAAACUCCGCCCUUACAUCUUGCCGCUGUUUCUGGAAACGAAAUGUUGGUCAGAAGUUUGAUUUUGGCUGGAGCGCGUGUCAACGAUACGGAUGCGAACAGAAACACUGCGUUGCAUGCUGCUGCGAAAGCGGGUCACGCCGCGAUCGUGUCUGCUUUAUUACAGAACAACAUCAGUUUCGAUGCGGUAAACGCAGAUGGUGACAACGCGUUGCAUGUAGCUGUAAGGGAAGGCCACGUAUCGGUAGUAAGAACGCUUCUGACGGAGUGUACGUUAGAUGCGGAAGCAGUGAAUCUUAAAGGAAGAAAUCCUUUACACGAAUUAGGAAGAUGCGGGAAAGAUAAUGCCGCGACUAUAUGCGAACUUUUCUUGGAAUGUAUGUCCCAAUACCCGGUGAACAAUGCAGAUUUGGAUGGUAAUACCCCGCUGUUGAUAGCUUAUAUGAAAGGAAAUGGUCAACUUUGUCGAACUUUGGUAAAAGCUGGUGCAUGUUUAGGCUCUAUGAAUAAGGAAGGAAUUACGAUCUUUAAUUACCAGGUAGCAACAAAACAAUUAUUGUACAGGCUCCUGGAUUCUUUGACGCAAGAAGCACCGUGGGCAGAUAAAGAUCUUUGUCUCGAAUGCGGCACAAAGUUUUCGCUCACGAUGCGAAAGCAUCACUGCCGUCAUUGCGGUCGGAUUUUGUGCAAUAAAUGUUCCGACCAAGAUGUCCCGAUUCUGAAAUUCGGAUUAAAUAAGCCGGUGCGCGUUUGUGCUGUAUGUUUCGAUGUAUUACAACUAGGUACUGAAUGAGACAAAACUUGAAUAAAAGCAAAGAGAUGGAUUCAUAUGUAAAUAAAAAGAGUAUCAUUCCAUAUGCAUUUCUUACGUAAAUAAUACCAAAUAUUUGUAUUAUUCUAUGCUAUACAUAUUCCCCUGUAUGAUACAAUUAUUCUUGUUAAAAAGGUUUGUUAAAUUUUAAAUACAAAUGAAAGAGUGUUGGCAAAUUA